AUGGAAACAAGGUUUCCCAUCUCUGUUUCAGUUGCGUGGUUUAGCCUUGAUUCAGCCACUGCUCACCCCGACAUCAUCACCUCCAACGACAAUCUUACGGCAACAUGUAACAGCUUUGAACAUCGCGUUAUACUUGGCAGCACAGGACUCUCACGCGGGGUCCACUACUGGGAAGUGACCGUCAGCAGAUAUGAGAACAACGCAGAUAUAGUAAUUGGCAUUGCACGCUUUGAUGUGACCAAGGACACCAUGCUAGGCAAAGAUGACAAAGGUUGGUCCAUGUAUAUCGACUACAAGCGGAGUUGGUUUUUGCACAAUGACAAGCACACCGACCGCACAGACGGUGGGAUUCAGGUGUCAAGUGUCAUCGGUGUGUUGCUUGAUCUACAUCACAGAACGCUUAGCUAUUUCGUGAAUGGGGAAUCACAAGGGCCGAUUGCGUUUUCAAAUCUGUGUGGUGUUUAUUUCCCAGCAGUCAGUAUUAACCGGAACAUUCAGGUCACACUACACACUGGACUUACACCACCCAUCGAAACAUCUGAUAGCGAUGAAUCAGCAGUUUAAAAUUUUAUAUUGAGUUUAAAAACAUGUUGCUUGUAAGAUUUAGUUUCAAGUCAAUGUAUAACAUUAUUAAUCUUGUCAUUUCUUAUGCACAUACGCUAAAUUUAAUGCUAGGAAAGUUAAAAGUGCUAAACGUUUUAAGUAUGAAUUACUGAGUUCACUUUAGUGAAAGUGUCAUAAACAAUAGAUUGAAUAUAAUCAUCAAUAAAGAUGUUACAUACUGAAACUUGAAAUGCCGGUAACCAUUAUUAAAAAUAUUCUUAUAUAAACUUAUAAUCUUGUCAAUGAUCGUCUGACAGAUUAAGCUAGUGUCAGUGUAUAAAUUUGAUCAAGAAUGUAUUUGAUAAGAAAAGCUGUACUAGUAGUAGCAGCCAAUAAUCACGAUAGCGAUUGUUCAGUUAUAUAAGUUCAUCAUGUUUCAUUCAGUUCUUUUCAACAAUUUUUUACUCUAAGGGUCAGAAUGAAUUAAAACAUUAUGCACAAUUCUUACGAUUUG